AUGUUCCCAACGGAUUGGCUGCAAUCUCCAAGGUGCCUGCCGCAGGAUGGGGGCAGAUCCUCGCCUACAUGGCCUUCUGCGAGGUUUCCCAGGACCAGUCUCCGGGCACCCCAGCCGCAGCGGGCGACUUCGGCUUCAAGGUCUUGCCCUCCAGCGACCCAGCUGCUGGCGAUGAUGGCCAUCAUCGGAAUGUUCUUCCAGGUGGGACAUCUCUGUAACAAUGCUAUGAGGUAG